UUUAUCGACCUGGGAUCAUGGAAAACCUCGAUAUGAUGGCCGCCGCGGAUUUGUUCAGGCUACGAACAACCAUGAAGCGUCAGCACACGAACCUCGUCGCGCGAAUUCACGGGAUGAUCAACAGGCGAGCGUCGCGGGUCGAAGUCGAAGUGUUGUCGACAACUCUCGCAAAUGUGCUGGAGCGGAUCACCGCAGUUAAUGAUCAAUACGUUAUUACGGGUGGACUCGAUGAACAGGAGCAGGCAGCCGCGGAAACUUACAUUCAAGAAGUAGCUGCAUUAAGUGAACAAGCGCAGCUUGCCAUUGGAGGUUAUGCCCAUGCCGUGGCCAACAGAACAGCUUGGAAUGUCACUGACUCGAACGCUAGCCGCGUUCUGCAACCAAUUCCGCUGGCAAUUGCAGAAGAAGUGCCCGAAAACGAAAUCGUCAACCACAACCCAAUUGUCUCGGGCCUUGCCAAAAGUCGCAAUCAUGAGGACGAUAUAGGAGGAACACAAGCUGCUCGUAAUAUCACCGCUGCCCAACAGCCUACGAUUGGCGCUUUAAUUUCGAAUUUGGAUGGAGACAAAAGCGCCCGAAACGCCUCUGACGAGGCCCACCAGGCAAAAAGGAGGAGAAUCGAGCUCGAGUUUGAGCUCGAAAGGAAAAGAGUAGAGCGCUCUCGCAAAAUGGAUGAUCUGCUCCGUCAAAGUGAACGAGAAGAAGAGGAUCUCAAAAUGGCAAUUGAACGUGAAAGGAUUCUGGCUGGUGCAUUCGAGGGAGCGGUUGACGGGAGCCCCAUCCAUUCUUCAACGCCAAGAGGGAACGUCAUAAAUCCAAUAGAACAAUCAUCUCGAACGCCACAGUCUUGUGAAAUAACAACAUCAUUCGCUCCACCCAGUCGCUGGCCUAAAAUUGCAGUCGAAAAGUUCAACGGGGACCCACGCAAAUGGCAGAGGUUUGCACACGGCAUUCACGCUACCGUUCGCGACGCAAAUAUUCCGGACUCAUACAAGCUCCUUGGUCUGCAAGACAGCAUAAUGGAUGACAUCCGCAAGAGGAUGGGCCACCUUUUCAACGGGUCGUACGCGUUUGAAACGGCAUGGAAUGAAUUAGAGAGCAAGUAUGGAAAUCCGGGUCUAAUCAUGCAGGCGCAUAAUCAGCACUUACUUCAGGUUCAACCGUUUAAAGCUGGGGAUUUCAAUGCGCUCUUCAGUCUUGCCGCAGAUGUCCGAGAUGCCGUAUCAAGCGUCCCAAAUGAGCACUUAAAAGAGUUCACGUAUUCUACUGUCAUUACUUCGCUCGCCUCAAAGCUACCGAUUCAACUGCAAAUCGAUUGGGGUAAAUUCGCCUACUCGCUUAGGCCGAGUUUGCCAUCGCUAAGAGAUUUUGACAAAUGGAUCGAUAUCGCCGUUGGGGCAGAAGAAUAUCGUGGAAUUCGCCUCUCAACUCCCGGAAGCAACGCAAAUAAGCCGGCCUCGAACUUCAUCCCACGUCAACAAAGCAACUAUGGUCAACCUGGUAGCAGCGGCUAUCGUGGCCCGACGGUGUUGACCAACCGGGUUCAAGACAAGAUCGCUACUCCAAAGUGUCCUGCCUGCAACGCGGAUCCGGGUCACCGCUUCGAAUACUGCAACACCUUCAAGCGCAUGUUGGUUAACCAGCGUGCUGCCCUCUGCGCUGACAACAAUUAUUGCUUCAAAUGCCUGGUUCAAGGUCACUACGGAAGAAACUGCACCCGCGCUGACGUGAAAUGCAAGGAGUGUGGAAAGGCCCACAACACCCUGUUACACGGAGCUGAUCGUCAAUUUCCGUCUUCGAAACAACAAGGUAACGACCAACUUAACGUAUCAAUGAUUCACGCACCUACGCCAAACAAGCUGCGCUCUGUACUGCUAGCCAUACUGCCCGUAACUAUUAAAAGCAACGAAUCCGUCGCUGAGACCUUUGUCGUUUUGGAUCCAGGCAGCGAAGCAACACUCAUCACAGACAAUCUCGCAGCCAGGUUAAAUUUGUCAGGGCCAUCUUUUCGUGUUCGCUUCGGCAAUUUCAACGAUUCCGUUACCAUAAAUUCAAAAAUCGUGUCAUUCCGCAUCGCGUCAUUGGGGUUGGAAGUGCCUGUAACCGAAGCAUUUCUUGUCCCCAAGAUCAGCCUAUCCCCUAGGAAAAUCAACUGGCCGGUAUUGAAAAAAAAUUGGUCUCAUCUCGCCGAUUUAAAUUUGCCAGCAAUAGACUCUUCUAAAGUCGGCGUGUUAAUUGGAGCCGACCAGCUUUCUGCUCAUGUUCAAAGGGGAAUUAGAGAACCAAUCGAAGAAGACGGACCUACUGCGGUUCUCACCCAAUUUGGAUGGUCGGUGAUAGGGAAAAUCCCGCACUUUCUCGUGGCCGGGCCGAGCAAGAGAAAAUCGGUCAACAUUCAGUCAAUUGCUCAAGAUGUAGCGCUAUGUAGCCUCGUUGAACAAUUUCACUCAACCGAGUCCUUCGGUACAGAUGCAAGUGUGCCUGCUCUUAUUUCCACAGAAGAUGCUCGGGUUCUGAAGGUGCUGGAAUCGUCGGCGCUUUUCAUCGGAUGCGGCUGGCAGGUGGAACUUCCUCUUAAAUCUGAAGGAUUUGUCUUCCCCAACAACAGAAAACAAGCUGUAUCAAGAUUUUAUGGCAUGGAGCGUCGGCUCUCACUGCCAGAAAACCAGCAGUAUGCAGAAAAGUACAACAACAUUGUAAAUAAGCUUAUCGAAUCCGGCACCGCUUCAAUUGUCCACCCGUCCGCCAUUAACGAACCAAAGGGAAUGGUUUGGUACUUGCCGCACCACUUCGUUGAGUAUCCAAACAAGCCCGGAAAGAUUAGGGUGGUAAUGGAUUGUGCGGCAAGCUUUUCGCAGGUUUCGCUCAACAAUCAACUUUUCCGCGGACCGCCGCUGCUCCCAAAACUUGUGGGAGUGCUCCUACGAUCAAGGGAAUGUCUUUUUGCACUCUCUGCGGAUAUAGCGGCCUUCUAUCAUCGCGUCGGGAUCCCAGCGAAGCACCAGUCUCUCCAACGAUUUGUCUUCCGCGAAUUCGGAAGCAAUAAACCGCUAAGGACAUAUCAAAUGACGACCUUAGUAUUUGGAGCAGUUCAUGCAUCAACCGCGGCCAUCUGGGUCUUGCAGCAUGCGGUCAGCCAAAACAAAAAUUAUCCCGAAGUAGCGUCGCGAAUAAAAAAUAAUUUUUAUGCUGACAACUUAUGCGACUCCUUCGACACAGAAGCGGAAACCAUCAAGUUCGCAAGGGACGUCAGAGAAUCACUAGCAAUAGGUGGGUUCAAGCUGACAGGUUUUGCAUCUUCAUCAAAAAGGGUUCUCGAAACGAUCCCGUCGGAGGAUAGAGCUGACUCCGUCCUUGACUUGAAUUACGACGCCCUGCCAACGGAAUACAUAUUGGGUCUUGCAUGGGACUGCAGUGGCGACUGCUACAAGUUGAGGGUAAAGGAUCUUUCCCCAGUCAUGACAAAGCGGGAAUUGUUAUCGGCGAUGUCAAGAGAAUUCGACCCCCUUGGAAUGUGUCUACCGGUCAUUACGUAUGCGAAGCUGCUAUUUCAAGAGGUCUGUAAAUUGAGAACAGGAAUAUCGCCGUUUAAAAAGCCGAUAGGUUGGGACGAGCCUUUGCCAGAGUGCAUUCUGGAAAAGUGGAACAAAUGGGCCGGCUCGCUGUCGUCCCUCUCUCAAAUUUCCAUCCGGAGAUGCUUCCGAUCGGGUGACGAGAAGCUUGCCGAUUGCACAUUCGAUCUAAUCGUGUUUGCGGACGCGUCUCUUCUUGCAUUCGGAUCUGUCGCUUACCUGAAAACAACUUAUCGCAAAGAGGCGCAUCUCAGUUUUGUUAUGGCAAAGGGUCGUAUCGCCCCCACUAGCGUCCUGAGCAUACCCAGACUGGAGCUGCAAGCCGCGGUUCUAGCGGUCAGAAUAGCGCAGACCAUCAGGAAGGAAAUGCGCAUCCCUAUCGAAUCCGUCGAGUACCGAACCGACUCCGAAAUCGUGCUUCACCAGAUCAAUUCCUCGCAUCACAAUCAUCCGAUUUUCGUCGCCAACCGAAUCGGCGAGAUUCUUCGUCAUUCAAGUCCCAAUCAGUGGAAAUUUAUAUCCGGUAGGGAUAACCCGGCCGACGACUGUACUAGAGGCGUUACGCCUGAUUGCUUCAAGUCUAGCUGUCGGUGGUUGACAGGUCCAACUCAGUUGCAAUUGUCAGCCCCGCAGCCGGUGAUUGUGAGUCAAGCAGGGGAUCCCGACUCAUUCAUCGUUCGGUCAGUAUGUGCCCUUAAUGUCUCGCCUUAUCCCUUAAAGGUCUCGUCGCCUGUUGUGUCAAAUUUUAUUGCUGAUAGCCAAAACGGCCUUGCCCGGUUGAAGCGCGAUGUGGCCCAGUCGCUUCGUAAAGGCACAAUAAUCGAAGAGAUCACCAACGAUGAGCUAAAGCAAGCAAUGCGAAUCUGCAUCAUUGUCGCCGCGGAAGAGAAGUUUCCAAGAGAAGUCGACGCUUUAAGAAGAGGGAAACCAAUCCCGAGAGAUUCUGCAUUGCGUAACGUAAACCCGUACAUCGACCCUACAGACGGAUUGAUGAAAGUAGAUGGCCGUCUAAAGCAUGCCGAGCUUCCCGAACACUCUCGGCAUCCCAUCAUUCUCGCCGCGGACCACCGUCUUACUUCUUUAAUCAUAGCCGACGCUCAUGAUGAGAUCAACCACGCCGGAGUAGAGCACACUCUCUCAGUUGUCAGGCGAAAGUACUAUUUAACUCAGGGCCGGCGGGCCGUACGAAAAACCUUGGCGCGCUGCGUCAAAUGUCGGCGCAGGUGUGCGCAACCUCGACCACCGAUAAUGGCUAAUCUUCCCAAAGAAAGGCUGCUACCAUUCGUCCGACCCUUUUCUACUUCUGGUCUUGACUUCUUCGGGCCUUUCAACACAGUUAUCGGCCGACGCACUGAGAAGCGCUAUGGUCUCCUCGUCACUUGUUUCUCCACCCGCGCUGUUCAUCUGGAGCUGGUUUAUUCUCUCUCUUCCGACUCCUUUUUGAUGGCGUUACGCCGAUUCAUUGCCGAUCGCGGCCAUCCAGGCACCAUAUUCUCCGACAACGGGACUAAUCUGGUCGCGGGUGAGAAGGAACUGCGCGAGGGGAUUGCGAACCUGAACUCAAAGCUUGUGACCGAAGAAAUGAUCGAUCGUGGAAUCGACUGGAAGUUCUCGCCGCCUUCCGGCCCGCAUUUCGGUGGAUCAUGGGAGCGCCUCGUCGGCUCCAGCAAAAAAUCUCUGCGGGCUGUUCUAGAAGAACGUAGCGUUACCGAUGAAGUGCUACUCACCGUUUUAAAGGAGGUUGCAUCGCUUCUGAACACUCGACCCUUGACGCAUGUUUCGACUGACCCGUCUGAACCGGAACCAUUAACGCCGAACCACUUUAUUCUUGGCUGUCAUCAUCCCCAGUAUCCCCCGAACGUCGAAGAAGAAUUUAGCGAUUUGUCUAGACGGCGCUUCAGGCAGUCGCAGUUCAUUGUGAAUCAAUACUGGCGCAGAUGGAUGCGAGAGUACGUGCCAGAGCUGAUUGAGCGGAAGAAAUGGAAUCUAGCCACUCCCCCGCUCCGUGUUGGCAACCGAGUGCUCAUCAUGGAUGAGAACACUCGCCGUGGACAAUGGUUAACGGGCACCGUGUCAAAGCUAUUCCCAGGAGAUGACGGCCGCAUCAGGCGUGUCUCUGUCAAAACUGCAACAUCCGAAUUAAUUCGUCCCGUUGUAAAACUUUGUUUGUUUUCAGACGCAUAA